AUGCGUAUGCAAACGAAUUCAAAGGCAACCUAUUUGAUGGUUGUCCUCAUCUGUGUAUUCUUAAGCCAAUAUAUGGGAUCAUUCACUCCUCUAUACGAUACUACUAAACAUUUGUGGUCAUUACUGAUAGAAUCGCGGUUUACACAGGCAUUGAUCGCUUCAUUUAUUGUCAUUAUAUUCUCAGAAUUGGGAGACAAAACAUUCUUCAUAUCAGCCAUUAUGGCGAUGAAGAACUCCAGAUCUCCCGUUUUCUUCGGCUCAAUGACAGCCAAUGUUGUUAUGAAUGGCAUUUCAGUUUUAUUGGGAAUCGUAACACAAGUCAUACCUAAAACUUUCAUCAACUAUUUAUCCAUCAUUUUGUUUACUUUUUUUGGAUUUCGUAUGAUUUAUGAAAGUUAUACGACAUCCGAUACAACACAAGAAGAACUCGAAGAAGCAGAGAAUGAACUCAAGAAACUCGAUUCCAAAGAAAAGUCUGACUAUUCGAGUAUUAUAUGGAAAUACCUGCCAUUCCUAUCGUUGGUAUUCAUUGAAACGUUUUGUUUGAUAUUCUUUGCCGAGUGGGGGGACAAGUCUCAGAUCAGUACCAUUGUGUUGGCCGCUCGCGAGGAUCCAAUCGGUGUAAUCGUUGGCUCAAUAUUUGGAUACAGUGUUUGCACUGCGAUCGCUGUAUUGGGCGGAAGUAUUUUGGCACAAAUUAUAUCAAUUAAAACAGUCACAUUAAUUGGCGGAAUAUCUUUCUUAGCAUUUGCCGGAUUAGCUCUGGUUUUAGGAAUCGUGCGGUUGAAGGAAGCGAUAGAUCGGCAGACAAUAGAAUCUCUUGAAACUGAACUGAUAGGUGAGGAAAGCCAUGAGUUUGAAGAGUGGAUAAACACCAUAACAGCAGUUGCCAUAACGGGUCGGGUCUAUAAUAGAGCGAACCGGCAGUUCAAACGAGUGGCAACCGAUUGGGAACCGUUCCUUACUAUGGAAGGAACACCAGUCUUCAGCACAACCCCAACCACAACAUUGCAUAUCCUCUUGGAAUCGAUGGAUGCCUUUAAGCGCCUGAUGUCCGGUCAAGUCAUCGCACACUUCACUCCAACAGUCGGUUACGUUUGUCUCGUGUUUGGCGAUAGUCUUCUUGAAGACCAUUCUUUCGAUGGGUUUGAAGUCAUCGAUUGCUGCCAUCGAUUGCAACACCAUUUGGACGCAAAUGAAUGUCAGGACAAGAAAUGCGUACAAAUCGUAUCGCGUGAAGACACAGAUGUGAAACACUGGUCUCCGUCUGAAGUAUAG